AUCGAAGAUUGCGAGACCAGACCAAGUCCUCUCUCUCUAUAAAUCUUCUCUCUCUCUCUUCUCAGCAGCCUCUCUUUUUCAAGCUUUUUCUGAGUAGAAAACCCUAGAAAUUCUCUGUUCUCUCUCGUCCCUAACCUUGUUUUCUCAAGAUCUGUUUGUUUAUGAUUCAAAGUCCUCUGUUUUGAGUGUCGUUUUUGUGGAUUUCGUGCUCUGAUUGGUGAAAAUGUCCUCUCUCAGCAGAGAAUUGGUGUUCCUCAUACUCCAAUUUCUCGAAGAGGAGAAAUUUAAGGAAUCUGUUCACAAGCUUGAACAAGAAUCAGGGUUUUUCUUCAACAUGAAAUACUUUGAGGAGAAAGUACAAGCUGGUGAAUGGGAAGAGGUGGAGAAGUACCUGUCUGGAUUUACUAAAGUUGACGAUAACAGAUACUCCAUGAAGAUAUUCUUUGAAAUCAGGAAACAGAAGUAUCUCGAAGCUCUUGAUCGGCAAGACAAGGCGAAGGCGGUUGAGAUACUAGUGACUGACUUGAAAGUGUUCUCUACCUUUAAUGAAGAUUUGUACAAAGAAAUCACUCAGCUCUUAACUCUUGGCAAUUUCAGGGAAAAUGAGCAGUUAUCCAAGUAUGGUGACACCAAAACAGCUCGUAGCAUAAUGUUGAUAGAGCUUAAAAAACUAAUAGAAGCAAAUCCCCUUUUUCGUGAGAAGCUUGUUUUUCCUACUCUAAAGUCAUCAAGAUUACGGACUUUAAUCAAUCAAAGCUUGAACUGGCAGCACCAGCUGUGCAAGAAUCCAAGGCCAAACCCGGACAUUAAAACCUUAUUCACAGACCACACAUGUACACCUCCUAAUGGGGCUCUUGCACCUUCUCCUGUCAAUCUUCCAGCUGCUGCAGUUGGGAAGCCUACUGCUUAUACAUCACUUGGCGCUCAUGGUCCUUUCCCACCCACUGCCGCAGCUGCUAAUGCUAGUGCUCUAGCAGGUUGGAUGGCAAAUGCUGCUGUGUCUUCAUCUGUUCAAGCAGCUGUUGUUACUGCAUCCUCCUUACCUGUUCCACCAAAUCAAGUUCAACUCUUGAAGCGUCCAAUAACUCCUCCAGCAACUCUGGGUAUGCUUGAUUAUCAAAGUACUGAUCAUGAACAAUUAAUGAAACGCUUACGGCCUGCACAAUCUGUUGAGGAGGUUACAUAUCCAACUACUCGUCAACAAGUUUCUUGGUCCCUGGAUGACUUGCCAAGAACAGUAGCUUUUACCAUGCAUCAAGGAUCCACUGUCACAAGCAUGGAUUUUCAUCCUUCGCAACACACCUUGCUUCUUGUCGGUUCUAGCAAUGGUGAAAUAACACUUUGGGAAGUUGGGACGCGAGAGAAGUUGGUUUCAAAGCAAUUCAAGAUAUGGGAUAUGACACAGUGUUCAUUAGCAUUUCAGGCUUCCUUUGUCAACAAAGAUGCACCAGUAUCAGUAACCCGUGUUACAUGGAGUCCUGAUGGAAAUUUUAUGGGGGCUGCGUUUACUAAGCAUUUAAUCCAUUUGUAUGCUUAUUCUGGAUCAAACGAUUUACGCCACCAUUUAGAGAUUGAUGCCCAUGCUGGUGGAGUGAAUGACUUAGCUUUUGCUCAUCCAAACAACAAGCUAUGUGUAGUAACCUGCGGAGAUGAUAAGCUAAUAAAGGUGUGGGAUUUAACUGGAAGAAAGCUGUUUAAUUUUGAAGGGCAUGAAGCACCCGUAUUUUCAAUAUGCCCUCAUCAGAAAGAGAGUAUUCAGUUUAUAUUCUCUACUGCUAUUGAUGGAAAAAUUAAGGCCUGGCUGUACGACAAUAUGGGAUCUAGAGUUGACUAUGAUGCUCCUGGUCGCUGGUGUACUACUAUGCUUUACAGUGCUGAUGGAAGUAGAUUGUUCUCAUGUGGAACUAGUAAAGAUGGGGAAUCUUUUUUGGUUGAAUGGAAUGAAAGUGAGGGAGCUAUUAAGAGGACAUAUUCUGGGUUUAGAAAGAAAUCAACUGGUGUGGUGCAGUUUGACACAACUCAAAAUCACUUUUUGGCUGUGGGUGAAGAUAAGCAGAUAAAGUUUUGGGAUGUGGACAAUAUUAACAUUCUCACAAACACGGACGCAGAAGGUGGACUCCCGGGUCUUCCUCGUUUGAGGUUCAACAAGGAAGGAAAUCUUCUAGCUGUUUCAACAGCAGACAACGGAAUCAAGAUACUUGCAACAGCCGCUGGUCUUAGAUCAUUAAGGGCAGUUGAAGCCUCAUCUUUUGAAGCAUCAAGAACACCUGUUGAACUUGCUGCAAUCAAGGUUUCUGGUUCUUCUGCUGUUGCAAAUGUCAGUCAAGUCAAUUGUAAAAUGGAAAGAAGCUCCCCCGUCCGGCCUUCUGCUAUUCUUAAUGGAGUUGAUCCUGUUGCUAGAAGCAUGGAAAAGCCAAGAACUUUGGAUGAUGCAAUUGAUAAAACAAAACCAUGGCAGUUGGCUGAAAUCAUUGAUCCUGCUCAGUGCCGGCUGGUUACCAUGCCAGAAAGCACAGACUCUGUCAACAAGGUCACCCGACUUCUUUAUACAAAUUCUGGUGUUGGAAUUUUGGCGCUUGGGUCAAAUGGUACUCAGAAGUUGUGGAAGUGGGUCCGCAAUGAUCAAAAUCCAAGUGGAAAGGCCACUGCCAAUGUUGUUCCACAGCAUUGGCAACCAAACAGUGGUCUUGUUAUGACUAAUGAUGUCUCAGGUGUCAAACUCGAGGAAGCAGUGCCAUGCAUCGCGCUCUCAAAGAAUGACUCUUACGUAAUGUCGGCCUGUGGUGGAAAAGUUUCAUUGUUCAACAUGAUGACAUUCAAGGUAAUGACAACAUUCAUGCCACCUCCACCUGCUUCAACCUUCCUAGCAUUUCAUCCUCAAGAUAAUAACAUCAUAGCCAUUGGAAUGGAGGAUUCAACUAUCCACAUAUACAACGUUAGGGUGGAUGAGGUGAAAUCAAAAUUGAAAGGCCACCAGAAGUGCAUAACUGGUUUAGCUUUUUCUACUAAUCUUAAUAUUUUAGUUUCAUCCGGUGCUGAUGCUCAGCUUUGUGCUUGGAACAUUGAUACAUGGGAGAAAAGGAAAUCAGUUCCAUUACAACUGCCUGCUGGUAAGGCGCCUAGUGGUGAUACUCGAGUACAUUUCCACUUCGAUCAAAUCCGCUUGCUGGUAUCCCAUGAAACGCAGUUAGCAAUAUAUGAUGCCACCAAGAUGGAUCGUAUACGGCAGUGGGUCCCACAAGAUGUUCUCUCUGCUCCCAUUUCAUAUGCGGCUUAUUCCUGCAACAGUCAACUGGUUUUUACUUCCUUUUGUGAUGGUAAUAUUGGGGUCUUCGAUGCAGAUAGUCUGAGACUGAGAUGCCGCAUUGCCCCACCUGCAUACUUGUCUCAGUCUGUAUUAAAUGGAAGCCAAGCUGUGUACCCGGUUGUCGUUGCAGCACAUCCACAAGAGUCGAACCAAUUUGCUAUUGGGUUGACAGAUGGGACUGUUAAAGUGAUAGAACCUCAAGAAUCCGAGGGAAAAUGGGGAGCAACUCCACCUGUUGACAAUGGGAUGCUAAAUGGUAGGACGGCGUCUUCAUCCACCACAAGCAACCACACACCUGAUCAGGUUCAACGAUAAAAAUAGUUGUAAUUUAGUGUCUGAACUCAUGUAAUUUGUCAUUGUAGAUUUUAGGUUUUUAUACUCCCUUGUUUACAGAGAUCUAGUUUAAUGCUUGUGAUAUAUAUAGCUAAUUAACAUUGUUCUGUUCGGUA